CCCUUGAGCUACUAAACCUGCGCAGUUCAGCCUCGGAUUCACUGCCGCGAGGCCCAGUGGAGAGGAAGAAGAAAAGCGAGCAAGAUGGCGCUGACCAGUUUUUUACCAGCACCAACUCAGCUAUCUCAGGACCAGUUAGAAUUGGAAGAACGGGCACGAUCCCAAAGGGUGAGACAGACUGCAUUGGUAUCAUCACGAAGGGAGCCUCCCCCUUACGGUUAUCGAAAAGGAUGGAUACCACGAAUGUUGGAGGAUUUUGGAGAUGGGGGCGCUUUCCCGGAAAUCCAUGUUGCUCAGUAUCCCCUGGAUAUGGGCCGAAAGAAGAAAAUGUCCAAUGCAUUAGCUGUUCAAGUGGAUGCGGAAGGAAAAAUAAAAUACGAUGCUAUAGCUCGGCAAGGACAGUCAAAAGACAAGGUCAUUUACAGCAAAUACACAGACCUUGUUCCAAAGGAAGUUAUGAACGUUGAUGACCCUGAGUUGCAAAGGCCUGAUGAGGAAGCCGUCAGAGAGCUCACAGAAAAGACUCGAUCAGCCUUGGAAAAAUCUGUCUCCCAGAAAAUUGCAGCAGCCAUGCCAGUCCGCGCAGCUGAUAAACUAGCUCCAGCUCAGUACAUCCGGUACACGCCAUCACAACAGGGUGUGGCCUUCAACUCUGGUGCAAAGCAGAGAGUUAUUAGAAUGGUGGAAAUGCAGAAGGAUCCCAUGGAACCACCAAGAUUCAAAAUUAACAAGAAAAUCCCUCGUGGACCACCGUCUCCUCCAGCACCUGUAAUGCACUCUCCCAGCAGAAAGAUGACUGUGAAGGAGCAACAAGAAUGGAAGAUCCCUCCCUGUAUUUCAAACUGGAAAAAUGCAAAGGGUUACACCAUUCCACUAGACAAACGUCUGGCUGCAGAUGGCAGAGGACUGCAGACUGUUCACAUUAAUGAAAACUUUGCCAAGUUGGCUGAGGCUCUCUACAUUGCUGACAGAAAGGCUCGUGAAGCUGUAGAGAUGAGAGCCCAGGUGGAAAGGAAGAUGGCCCAGAAAGAAAAAGAGAAACACGAAGAGAAACUCCGUGAAAUGGCCCAGAAAGCCAGGGAGCGAAGAGCUGGAAUAAAAACUCACGUGGAGAAAGAGGAUGGAGAAGCUAGAGAACGUGAUGAAAUCAGACACGACAGGCGGAAAGAUAGACAACAUGACCGGAAUCUUUCCAGAGCAGCCCCUGACAAGAGAUCAAAGUUGCAAAGGAAUGAAAACAGAGAUAUUAGUGAAGUUAUUGCCUUGGGUGUUCCUAAUCCUCGGACAUCCAAUGAGGUCCAAUAUGAUCAGAGGCUCUUCAACCAGAGCAAGGGUAUGGACAGUGGCUUUGCUGGAGGAGAAGAUGAAAUUUACAAUGUCUAUGAUCAGCCUUGGAGAAGUGGUAAAGACAUGGCUCAGAAUAUCUACAGACCCAGUAAAAAUGUAGAUAAGGACAUGUAUGGUGAUGAUUUGGAGGCACGAAUAAAAUCUACAAACAGGUACAUAUGUUUACAUGAAUUUUUCAACGUUUAUAAAAUGAUGAACAGCUUCUUGUCUGUUACAGGUUUGUUCCUGACAAAGAAUUUUCUGGCUCAGACCGCAGACAAAGAGGUAGAGAAGGACCAGUUCAGUUUGAGGAAGAUCCUUUUGGCCUGGACAAAUUCUUGGAGGAAGCCAAACAGCAUGGGGGUUCGAAAAGGCCUUCUGACAGCAGCCGUCCUAAAGAACAUGAGCAUGAAGGCAAGAAGAGAAGGAAAGAGUAAGGAUUUGUCCUCCUGGAUAAUGAAAUUGGAUUUAAAAUUAAAGCAGUCUUUACCAGCUGACCACCCUAAAUUGUGGAUCCAAAGCACCAUAAAUCUUCUAGUGGCACCUUACACAAAGAACAGAAGGGAAAAUUGGACCAUUCCAUGAUACAUUCUGGACUUUAGCUAUGCUAUUCCCCUUUCUCUGUAUACUGGUGAAGCUCUAUGCUGUUGUUUUAGAGUGAGAUUAUAGUUCCUAAUAAACAUUGAGUUCUACUUAAAACUGUUUAUUCCAUCAGAUUGUACUCCCUAUGUACAUAGCUUAUUCUAAUGUACUUGGCAAGAGGGAAGGAUGUUGUGAUUUGCUGUUACUCUGCUGUGACUGUAUACAUUUUUGACUAAAGAAAACAAGCAAUUCAUGUGAGAUGACUACAUAUCCGUACGUUUAUUUUGGGUUCUUUACAUAACAGUAAAAUGAAGUCUCCUUCCUUUAA